CGCGCGUAUUUAUCUCAGAUAACAUAUGUCAUAUAUCAGUCUUGUAAUGACACUGAUAAAACUCUUAAUACUGAUAAAACUAUCUUAAAAGCAUUAUAUUUCUCAGCUGAGUUGCAUUUCGUCGAAUUAAUUAGUGACUAUCACGGGAUUCGAAUUGCAUUUAUGAAAUGGACGUCGAUUCUGAAUGCACGAUUCUAGUUACGGGUUUUGGCCCAUUUGAUAAAUACGUGGUGAACGCCAGUUGGGAAGCAGUAAAAGAAUUGCAAAAACUGUGGAUAAACUCCAAAGAAUUUCUUGACAUUGAAUUGGUCAUAGAAGAAAUUCCAGUAUCGUACAGUUACGUAUCCACUCAGAUCCCUCAGCUUUGGAAGAAACACAAUCCUACAAUUGUCCUACAUGUGGGCGUAGCCGGUACAGCUGAAUCUUUAAUAAUAGAAUGCCAUGCUCGCAGCAAUGGUUAUGAGAGAUUAGAUAUAGACAGGAAGCGUCCUGAUGAAACAAAUAUCGAGUACAAUAUCUUGAAAACUGGCAUAGAUGUCAAGGAACUUUGUGAUAAUGUGAAUAAAAAUUGUGAGAAACAUAAAUGUGGAGCUUGCUUGUCACACAAUGCUGGCAAAUAUUUGUGUGAAUAUACUUAUUAUCAAUCUUUGACUAUUGAGCCGACAAAGACUCUAUUUGUGCAUGUCCCAGAUUUUAAUAAGUAUUCCAGUAUACAAACUGCUAAAGGCUUAUAUGAUAUUUUAUGUUAUUUAAUAAGGAAUUUGAAAUGUAACUAAUAAUCUUAAUUUAAUAAGUAUUCUC